AUGGAUAAAGUUAAUUAUAGUAUCGAUCAAUUAUUAGAUGAAACUACAAAAUUAGUUUCAAUGGGUAUUAUUACCAAACAAGAAUGUAAAGAUAUUAUGAAAAAAAGAGAAUAUCACGAAAUCAAGAUUUACAAUAGAAAUGCACACAAAUCAGAUUUCUUAACCUAUAUCAAAUAUGAAUUGGAUUUAGAUAAAUUAUUUCACGAAAGAGGAAAAGAAAAACACAUCGAAUUUGAUUUUAGAUUAAGAUCAGCAUUAAGACAUGCUUUUAUUUUAUUUGGUAGUGCAACAAAGAAAUUCCCAAAAGAUGAAUCAUUAUGGAUCAGUUCAUUAAAUAUUAGAAUGAGACGUGCAAGUAAAGAAGGUACUGGUAGAUUAUUCUCAAUUGCUCUUCAAAACCUCCCAAGAUCACCAAGACUUUGGAAAUUAGCUGCAACUUUUGAAUUUGAAGUUAAUAAAAAUAUCCAAAAUGCAAGAAAUUUAAUUCAAGCUGGUAUUCAAUUCAAUAAAACCGAUCAUUCAUUAUGGCAUCAUUUCUUUUUAAUGGAAUUAACAUAUAUUUCAUUAUUAUAUUCAGAUAUCAACUAUUUAGAUGAAAUUAAUAAAAAUCAAAACUCUACUAAAGAAGAUGAAUCAACCUCAAUUAGAUUAAAUUUAGAUAACAUGAGAAAAGAAGAAAAAGUAGAAAAAGAUGAACUUAUUACAUUUGGUAAAGACAUUUUAAACGCUGAAAAGUUAAAACAAUCACCAUUAAUUAGAGGUCAAAUUGCUCAAAUCGUUUACAAUAAAGCAAUCAAUAGUAUUAAAGAUGAUUUCGACUUCAGAAAGAAAUUUUAUAUAAUCUCUUCAAAAUUCUUAAACGUUGGUAAAGAUGAACAAAACCCAGUUGGCGCAGGUGAACUCCUUCAAAAAGAAAUCAUAAAAUCAUUAAAACAAGAUUUUGAAAAUAGCGAUAAAACCUAUUUAUUUUUAGCCUCAAUCGAACAAUCAAAUUUACAAGAAACCAUUAUAAAUAAAGUUAAAAGCUCAACAGAAAUUUUAAAACAAGGUCUUUAUGUUAUUAAAAAUGAAGAUUAUUUAUUUAGCACCAUCGAUUUUAUUAAAAAAGAAACUAUUUUAAAUAUUAAAUUAAAAGAUAGCAGCAUUGUUGAAGAUAUUUCAAAAACAAUUUUACAAUUUUAUAAAUAUUCAAUCGAAAAUCAAUUCUUAAAGGAAAAUGGUUAUUAUUUUUAUAUUGAAUUAUUAUUGGAAAUAGGUUUAAUGGAAGAAGCAAUUAAAGUUUCAGAAGAAUCACUCAAUCUCUUUAAGAACUCACCAAAAUUAUGGAAACAAAGAAUCAACCUUUUAAUUAAAAACUCAGUAGUAUUAAAAUUAUUCGAAAAUUUAAAUUUAUCAUUAGAUAUCAACAAUGUCGACAAAUGUUUUGAAAUGGCUAUUAAACACAGCUCAAUUGAAAAAUGUUUAUUAUCAUCCAAUGUUAUCCUUGAUUACUUUAAAUAUCAAGUAGCUUUCAAAUUCGAAAAAGAUUACAACAAAAUUAUAGAAUUAUUUAAAAAAUUAAUUAGAUUAUCUGAUGGCAACAAUUCAGUUCAAACCUCACUUAAAAACUUCAUUUUAGACUAUACAUUUUUAAAUUUACCAAAAGAUAAAUUAAAACCAGUUUAUCAAUUAUGCUUUAAUUAUUUACCAAUUGAAAAAGAAUUUUAUCAAAAAUGUAUUUUAUAUCAAGAAGACAGAAUUGAAAAAGAUUUUAAUGAUAUUAGAUCACUUUAUGAACAUUGCCUUUCAAUCAAAACAAUCGAAACCAAAGAUAAAGAUAUGUGGUUAAAUUAUAGAAACUUUGAAUUAAAAGUUACUGGUGAUAUUCAAAGAGCAAAUACUAUUGCAGUCAGAGGUAAAAAAUCAUUAGAGGACCCAUUAGAAUUUAUUUCCCAAUUAUAA